AUGAGUCUCGCUCGACUCCAGUCUCUGGGGCGACGAAGUCUUGUUGUGCGGUCCGGACGUUCUUUUCAUACUACCCCAACACCUCGAUUCGCUUUAGCCGCUUCUAAACCCCUUCGCGCCGUUGCCGCACCUGCUGUUGGUGCAUACGCUCCAAAAGAUGGCGAACAUGUCAUCAAUUCCCCCUCAGAACUUGCCAGGAAAAUAUCUGCCAAAGUUCUGCCGAAUCUACCACGACCCAACGUUCAAAAGGUUGUAGUUGUCGGCAGUGGUGGCUUGAGCAUUGGUCAGGCCGGCGAAUUCGAUUACUCAGGUUCCCAGGCUUUGAAGGCUCUUAGCGAGGAGGGCGUCUCUGCUGUUCUCAUCAACCCGAAUAUCGCUACAUGGCAAACUUCUCACGAAUUGGCCUCAGAGGUUUACUUCCUGCCUAUUACGGCAGAUUAUGUUGCCUAUGUUUUGGAAAAAGAACGUCCAGAUGGCAUCCUUCUUACUUUCGGAGGGCAGAGUGCCUUGAAUGUCGGAAUUGAACUCGAUCGUAUGGGUGUGCUCGAGCGUUUAGGCGUCAAAGUUCUAGGAACUCCAAUUCACACUCUCGAGGUGUCCGAGGAUCGUGACCUCUUCGUUCAGGCUUUAAAGGAAAUUGAUAUCCCUGUCGCCCAGUCGACCGCCGUUUCCUCUGUUAACGCAGCACUUGAGGCUGCAGAGGUAAUCGGAUACCCCGUCAUUUUGCGUUCUGCCUUCACUCUUGGGGGCCUUGGUUCGGGCUUUGCUAACAACCCGGAUGAACUACGUGAUCUUGCUGCCAAGGGUCUGAGCUUAAGUCCUCAAGUCCUCAUCGAGAGAAGUAUGAAAGGUUGGAAAGAGUUGGAAUACGAGGUCGUUCGCGACGCGGCAGAUAACACUAUCAUCUGCUGUAACAUGGAGAAUUUCGACCCCCUUGGUACCCACACUGGUGAUUCAAUUGUUGUCGCGCCUUCACAAACUUUGCCGGACGAUGAAUAUCAUAUGCUUCGAAGUGCUGCAUUAAAGGUCAUUCGACAUCUUGGAGUAGUUGGGGAAUGCAAUAUUCAAUACGCCCUCAACCCAACCUCGAGGGAAUACUGUGUCAUUGAAGUUAACGCUCGGUAUGAAUCACGAAGCGCCCUUGCUUCAAAGGCAACUGGCUAUCCACUCGCCUACACAGCUGCAAAGAUUGCUCUGGGACAUACCCUUCCAGAACUCCCGAACGCCGUCACCAAGACCACAACUGCGUGUUUCGAACCUUCUCUGGACUACAUCGUGACAAAGAUCCCCAAAUGGGAUUUAGCUAAGUUCUCCUCACAGGUCAACCGGGAGGUCGGUUCUUCCAUGAAGUCAGUUGGUGAAGUCAUGGCUAUCGGUCGUACUUUCGAGGAGAGCUUGCAAAAAGCAAUUCGUCAAGUCGACCCUCGGUGGAAAGGCUUUGAAGUUGUUAUCGAACCUGAAGAUCUAGACAUGGCUUUAACCCGGCCUACAGACAUGAGGCUUUUUGCCAUCGCAUAUGCAAUGUUCCGAAAGAACUACUCGGUUGAUAAGCUCCAUGACUUGACCAAGAUCGACAAGUGGUACCUGUAUAAAAUAGACAACAUCGUCCAAACUCAUCAUGCUUUAAAAGCCGCGGGUUCAAUCGAAAGCAUUGACUACGCACUCAUGCAGCGAGCCAAGCGCAUGGGUUUCGCUGAUACCCAAAUCGCCGAUAUAAUUGGAGCUACCGAGGAUGUUGUUCGAGCCCAUCGAAAAUCUCUAGGAAUCACUCCCUUCGUCAAGCGCAUUGAUACCCUCGCUGCUGAAUAUCCUGCACACACCAACUACCUCUACACGACCUACAACGCAACCGAGCACGACGUCAACUUUGAUGAACACGGAACAAUGGUUCUUGGCAGUGGUGUCUAUCGCAUCGGCAGCAGUGUUGAAUUCGAUUGGUGUGCGGUGACAUGUGCACGUAAACUUAGGGACAUGGGCAAACGAACAAUCAUGAUCAACUACAAUCCCGAAACAGUGUCCACUGAUUUCGACGAAGCUGAUAGGCUCUACUUUGAAGAGCUUGGCUUCGAGCGCGUCAUGGAUAUCUAUGAACUAGAACAGUCUCAAGGAGUCAUUGUCAGUGUUGGCGGGCAACUACCUCAAAAUAUUGCCCUCCGACUCAAACACAACGGCGUCAAUGUCUUGGGCACCGAUCCCGAACAGAUUGACACGGCUGAGGAUCGCCACAAAUUUUCAUCGGUUCUAGAUAGCAUUGGAGUUGACCAACCAGAAUGGGUUGAAGCUACAUCAUUAGAAGCGGCAAAGGAGUUCGCCAACAAAGUGACCUACCCCGUUUUGAUUAGACCAUCUUACGUUCUUUCAGGGGCAGCUAUGAACGUUGUGUAUGAGGAAGCAGCCCUCGAAUACAACCUCUCCGCCGCCGCAUCUGUUUCUCCCCUCCACCCUGUGGUUAUCACCAAGUUCAUUGACGGAGCCCAAGAAAUUGAUAUUGACGCCGUAGCGCACAAAGGCAAACUUAUCGUCCAUGCUGUUUCCGAGCACGUUGAGAAUGCCGGAGUCCAUUCCGGGGACGCAACACUUGUUUUGCCGCCUUUCUCUCUACCCCCCAACGAUAUGGCUCGCCUGAAAACCAUAGCAGAAAAGGUUGCUGCGGCGUUCAAGAUCUCUGGCCCAUACAACAUGCAAAUUAUCAGAAAACUCGCAGAAGAUGGAAAGGGGGAAGCAGAUCUCAAAGUCAUUGAAUGCAACCUCCGUGCAUCUAGGUCGUUCCCUUUCGUAUCGAAGGUUCUUGCCCACAAUUUCAUUAACACCGCAACCGCCGCGAUCGUCGAUGAAGGCGUACCAGAGCCCGUCGACAUUAUGAACGAACCUCGGGAUUAUACUGCCAUCAAAGUUGCUCAAUUUUCUUGGACACGGUUAGGCGGUGCAGAUCCUUUCUUAGGAGUUGAAAUGGCAAGUACUGGUGAAGUCGCGAGCUUCGGCAAAGACAUUCACGAAGCCUAUUGGGCCUCUUUACUCAGCACAACAGGAUUCAAGGUUCCCCGCGCGGGAUCAGGGGUGCUCAUCGGUGGAGACAUCACCAAGCCUGAAAUGGUUGCUAUCUCAAAACAACUCAUCGAACUUGGUUUCAAGCUUUACUGCUCUUCUCCAGUUGUGGAAGAAUUCUUGAAUUCGAUUCCUUACGUGGCAGCGAAACGUAUCUUCUUCCCAAAAUCAGACAAACGAAAACUUCGGAUGGUAUUCGACGAAUUCGAGAUUCAAUGCGUCAUCAACCUUGCCAAGGCUCGUGGUACAACCUUCACUGAUGAAGAUUACGUCGCUCGCAGGAACGCUGUCGACUUUGGCCUCCCGUUAUUGAACAAUGCAAAGACUGCACAGCUCUUUGUGGAGAGUCUUGCAAAGAAAAUACCGCAAGGUGGCCUCAGAGGUUAUACUGAAGGCCGAAUCCCUUCUGAGGUUCAGUCUUGGCGAGAAUUUGUUGGAAAGCGAGCUUGAGAAUUCAGGAUAUCCUCACAUGGGCUCUAUCUUGUCUAAGCAUCUAUGGAUAUAUAUUUCAAAAAGGAGAAAUAAGUACUCCAUGUACAUUGUAAUCAAUAAUAUAUAUUUUUUCAAA